AUGCGUUUUGGUUGCUAUGGUGAUAAGACAUGGCCUGCUUCAACCGAGAAAACGCAGUUGAGUGCGGAUAAGACUGUAUUUUCGUGUGCUCUGGAAGGCGAUGUGGAAGGUCUUCAAGAUUUCAUAGAUAAUGGUUGGACUGAUGAAGCAUCGCAGAAUAUUUUGAGAGAAACUGAUGUCGUUGGAAGGAACGCUUUAUGCGUCGCCUGCAUGCUGGGCAGAAGCAGCUUUGUGCGAAAUCUUGUAGUGAAAAACUGCGCAGAUGUGAACGAUCCAACGACAAGAGGGUACUCGCCAUUACAUUACUCUGCCAUGUGGGGUCAGCUGGACACAGUGAUGACCCUGUUUGAGCUUGGUGCUGAUUUGCAAGCAAUCAGUUUCUGUGGAGAGCGAGCCAUUGACUUAGCCCGUCGCUAUUUAUAUAUAUCCAAGUUGGACUGUGCCCAUUUUCUUGCUUGGGCUGAGGCCAAACAAAGCUUGCAAGCAUCCAUAACUCGAAUGAAAGGCAUCCUAGCAGAUCCAGAGAAAGUUCAAGGAAAGGUCAACAAGGAGGACAAGAGAACGUGUAUAAAUAUCUGCUCUGUAAAAUCAGACUGGAUUCAGAAUGCCAAAAAUCCAACAAUUCAAGACUUUGCAAAGCAGAAACAGUAUCUUGAAGAUGUGGUUGCUCCCAUCAUGACCAAGCUGACAGCACAAUGUAAGUUUGUGUGGUAUUUUACAUUAAAGAACUCUAGCUCCUUCAGUUCUUUUCCUCUACUGAAAAGUGAAAACCAUUUUAAAUGA